GGUGAUACCUUAAGAUUGAAGAAAGGUUCCACCCUUUAUGGUGUACCCAAUGCAGUCAUUACCACUAAUCAUCCAGAGGAAGGAGUGGAAUUUCACAGACAUCAGUUUCGGGAGUUGGAAUGGACGAUACCCAAAGACGAAGCGGGUUGCGGGUUGAUAAUGGCGGAUCAUUUCGUCGAUUUGCCCAUCCGUUCAUCGGGUUCAUUUCGGUUCAACGUCGUAGUUUCUGGAAAAACGGAAUUGACUGGUGACUUCGUCGUUGACCCUCGGUUCACCAUGGGUGCUUCUGGGGAACCCUUGUCCCUGGACGGUAUAGAAUGUGUCACUGUGUUGCCCAAGAGUCUCGGAUUGUUGACUGAGUGGGAAGGACGAUUGAGGGUUCUUAAAGAAACUGGGUACAACAUGAUUCACUUCACUCCUGUUCAGCUCGUGGGUCUUCGCUGGAUGUUAAACGUGUUGUACGGAGUAGAAGCAGGUCGCAUAAUGUUUGACCGAAUGUUUUGGCGAGUGACGUGCGAAAUUGAAGAAGAAAAGUGGUUGGAUUACGGUGUCCCACCGAGAAUCUCUUGUGAGGAAGAGCUGCAGAAUUUGCGGAGAUUGGUUGAGGAACACUUCUUGCCCAUGGUGAAGAUCCAUGAAUUAUACAUGGUUGAUGUGGACGGAACUGUGGAGCAGUUGAGGAAUGCUAUUCGGGGAAAGUCUGCCGAAGCUCAUCACGAAUUCGGAUCCGGAGAAUUCCGCGAAAUGGAAACGAAGAUCGUGAUUGUGCAAGAUCCCGAAUAUCGAAGAUUCCUUUCUACAGUGGAUAUGAAACACGCCUUUGAUACCUACAACGUUUCAAUGCAGCAUUUUCAUGAUGAAGAAAACAGACUGAACGCUGUUUGUGGAGCAUUCAAAGGAAAAUUGCAGGCGUUGAAUCACGGGAAGUAUUUAGAAAUCAAAGAUCACCUUGACGUUGGGAUCAAUAAUGUGCUGUCGCAAAAUCGAUACAGACGAUUUGACCCGAAUGGACCCAAAGAGAAGUUCGUUUCUAGAGGCUCUCCCAUCACUGGAAGCUAUUUCUUCCAAUCGCCGCACGAGUCGAAAGUGGAUCUAGAAGAUGAAGAAGACUACGUGCUUUAUACGGAAAGAGGAAAAUUUCGAAUGGUGCAUAAUGGGUGGGUUAUGAACCACGAUCCUUUGAUCAAUUUUGCCCUCCCAGGAUGCAACGUAUAUCUUCGUCGAGAAUUGAUCGAAUGGGGUGACAGUGUGAAACUCAGAAAUAAUUUGGCUGUUCUGUGUACUUCACAGUAUCUGUUGGACGAAGCUCGGAAGGUGAAUCCGAAUUUAUACGUAACUGCGGAACUGUUCACAAAUUCUCUGGCCACUGACAAUGUGUUUGUUGCACGGCUGGGAAUCACUUCCUUAAUUCGAGAAGCACUGUCGGCGCACAGCAGCCAAGAGCAGGGUCGCCUGGUGUAUUAUUAUGGUGGGAAACCCGUUGGAUCGUUCGAUGCCCCCGGGGUUGCGCCACUCACUCCAUCGCUGGCCCAUGCAAUCUUCUUUGACCAAACUCACGAUAACGAGUGUCCCAUGUUGAAGCGUUCUCCGUAUGACGCGUUGCCUUCAUCUGCUCUGGUUGCGAUGUCUUCUUGUGGCUCUGGGUCCACCCGAGGAUACGAUGAACUCGUUCCGCACAUGAUUCAUGUGGUCGACGAAGAGCGGGUUUACGCGUCGUGGGGGAAACCGGAAACCCGGGGUCACGUGAACCAAACUACCGGAAUCAUCGCCGCCAAGAAGGCCUUGAACGAAUUGCACAACGAAAUGGGCAGGUCCGGAUUCACUGAAGUGUUUGUGGACCAAAAGUCUGCCGAUGUAGUGGCCGUCACUCGACAUUCGCCUACAACACGGGAAAGCGUUAUUUGCAUUGUGCAUACGGCUUUUAAUAGAGAUGCCCAUGCUUACCGCAAUCCUGACAGACUUGGACCCGUCACCGGUAAAGUGAAGAAUGUUCGUCUGAGUGCCAGAUUCUACAACAAGAAUGCACCGGCGCCGUGGAAUCUCAAGGGCAUUGAUAACUCGUGGACUGAUCAGUGGAAACCAGAUGACAAUUUCAUCAAUGGACUGAGUGACUUCACUGCGGACGUGAAAACCAGAAUCAAGCCAGAAGAAUGUGACAUGAUUUCUAUCGAAUCAACUGGGGACGGAAAAUUCUUUGUGGAUUUCAAAAGCUUCCCUCCGGGAUCCGUCGUUGCAUUGCAUGUUGAACUGGAGGACGAAAUGCAAGCGGCUUUGCGAGAUAUGAAUUCCAAAUUGGAAAAUUUGGAGACGGAUCUGCAUCCGGUGCUCAAUUCUCUUUCCCUCGGGGAUUUCAACUUCGUGCUGUUCCGGUGUGAGGAAGAACAGAGAGCUGAAACCCCCGACAGAGGCUGUUAUGGGUUGUCAAACGGUGCAUUGGUUUAUUCUGGACUUCAAGGCUUCAUGAGUGUCUUGGACGUGGUGCAGAAUAAGAAUGAUCAAGGACAUCCUUUGUGCCAAAAUCUCCGUGAUGGACCUUGGAUGCUGGGUUGGUUCAUUUCUGUUGAUUUACGCCUUUCCCACUUCCUAGAUUACGUUUCAUCGCACUUCAAACUAAGGUCGUCGACGCACAAAAUCGGGGAAUGGCUGGAAGAUUAUUUCAACUGCGUCAAACGUCUUCCCAACUAUUUGGCCCCGUAUUAUUUUGCCAAGGUUCUUCGGGCGGUCUACGACUCUUGUUGCAAAGCUGUGUACCAGAAAAUGUCGCCCUUCGUUCAAAAUGGAGGGGAUUUUGUAAAGGCCUUGGCUUUGAGCUCGCUGCAAUUUUUGGGGGUCGUUCGGGAUGCGGAAUUGCCGGAAUAUCGGUUGGAGGGGAAACCUAGUGGAAGUGAAAUGAACAGCCUUUCAGCUGGUCUGCCUCAUUUCUCAACCGGUUACAUGCGGAACUGGGGACGAGACACGUUCAUUUCUCUGCCGGGCUUGUGUCAUGUUCCAGGACGAUACGAAGACGCGAAGAACAUCAUUUUGGCGUACGCUUCGGUGCUGAGACACGGACUAAUACCGAACCUGCUUAACAAGGGCAGUGGGUCUCGAUACAAUGCAAGGGAUGCCUUUUGGUUCUGGUUGCAUGGCAUCAGGAAGCAUAUGGAAACUGCUCCGGAUGGAGCCAGUAUCUUGAAGGAACCAGUUUGGCGUCAUUAUUCCAAGGACGAUGACGAGUGGGGGAAAUCCGUUGUUGAGAUGAAAUUGGAAGAUGUGAUGCAAGAAGGACUUCAGAGGCAUUUUGGUGGAGAGAAAUUCAGGGAGCGGAAUGCUGGGGAGGCUUUGGAUCGUGUCAUGCGAUCCGAAGGGUUCAAUAAUGAAAUAGGCGUUGAUUUGGAAACGGUCGGGUGCAUCAUUUGUUGCGUUAUAGGGUUCGUUUUCGGCGGAAACCAAUGGAACUGUGGCACAUGGAUGGAUAAAAUGGGUUCUAGUCAAAGAGCCGGAAACGUCGGCUUUCCCGCCACCCCUAGAAAUGGCAGUGCUGUGGAACUCGUGGGACUCUGCUUCUCCACUGUCACUUGGCUAGAUAAAAUGCAUGGGCAAGGGUUGUACCCUUUUGCUGGGGUGAAAGCUGACCGCGAAAUCCAGGACGGAAAGAAGACCACAGUUGAGUGGACCUGGAAACAAUGGAGUGACAAGAUCAAAGCGAAUUUCGACGCCAAAUUUUUCAUGAAAGAAGAUGCAGCACAAGACGAUGCUUAUCAGCGUGGAAAAGUGUACAUUCGUGGGGUCUAUCAGGAUUGUUUCAAUAGCUACCCAGAAUGGGCAGAUUUUCAAGCAAGGCCCAAUUAUUUCGUGACUCUAAGUGUCGCACCCGAGGUGGUGAAACUAGACAAUGCGUGGAAGGGCUUGGAAAAUGGAGGAGCUCUGUUGGAGGGGCCAUUGGGCAUGAAAACGUUGUCGGAUAAUGAUGCUGCUUACAGGCCGAAUUAUUACAACUCGGAAUCUGAUGACUUCUCUACUUCGUGUGGGUUCAACUAUCAUAAUGGGCCAGAAUGGCUCUGGCCACGUGGGUUUUAUCUGAGUGCCAUUCUGGAACACGCUGAUAGGAAAGGGGAUAUUGAUGAGCUGCAAAAAUCAGUGAUGCGUGUUUUCAAAUCCCUGAAGCAGCCUUGGGAGUUAUUGUUGGACAGUGAGUCGAACCCUUGGCGAGGGCUGCCAGAGUUGACCAACAAGAAUGGUGCUUAUUGUGGAGCAUCAUGUCGUACUCAGGCUUGGAGCAUUGCUACACUCUUGGAGGUAAUAUAA